UCUGUAAGGUCCGUGAUUGUAGUAAUUUUUGUUGUGUGAGCUGUGUACCGGAGAAAUUUUGAUUCAUCAUGCCGCUGGAGAACCUGGAAGAUGAGAGCCUGGAGAAGAAUCCCAACCUCGAGUUGGCGCAGAUAAAGUUUGUGCUCGCCCAUCAUGACCCAGGUAACGACAAGCUGAAGCAGGAUCUUAUGUCAGCGAUCACUGAGCACAACAUGGCACCCUUCUACGAGGAGACGUGUGCUGACCUAGGCUGGCCCGUGGACCAGCGCCUUUUGAACAACAUGAAAACAGCCAAUGCGACCGAGAUUGCAAAGCUUGACUCGGCUAUUGAGGAUGCCGAGAAGAACCUGAGUGAGACGGAGGUCCGUGAGGCCCACUUAGCCAAGGCCGAGUACCUGAGCCGCAUUGGCGACAAGGAGGCAGCAUUGACGCAGUUGCGCAAGACGUAUGACAAGACGGUAUCACUGGGCCACCGAUUAGACCUGCUGUUCCAUCUGAUUCGUCUGGGGCUGUUUUACUUGGACCACGACCUUAUCACCCGCAACAUUGACAAAGCCAAGAGCCUGAUCGAGGAGGGCGGUGACUGGGACCGAAGGAACCGGCUCAAAGUGUACCAGGGCCUCUACAGUCUGGCAGUGCGCGACUUCAAGGCGGCUGCGGCGUCCUUCCUGGACACGGUGUCCACGUUCACCUGCUACGAGCUGAUGGAUUACCAGCGUUUUGUUACCUACACUGUGCUCGCUAGCAUCAUCGCCCUGCCACGCAUUGAGCUCCGUGAAAAGGUUGUGAUGGGUUCCGAGAUCCUUGAAGUUCUGCAUGGUGUUCCUGACAUCAGCGAGUAUCUGUUCUCCCUCUACCGGUGUCAAUAUUCGAUCUUCUUCAAGAAGCUUGCGCACGUGGAACAGCUUCUUCAGCGGGACCGACUGUGGGCUCCUCAUGUUCGCUUCUAUGUGCGCGAGAUGCGCAUCCUGGCCUACAGUCAGCUUCUGGAGUCCUACCGCAGCCUGACCCUGCAGUACAUGGCCAAUGCCUUUGGCGUUACUGUUGCCUUCAUCGACCAGGAGCUGGCACGGUUCAUAGCCGCUGGGCGACUGCACUGCAAGAUUGACAAGGUGGGCGAAGUGGUUGAAACCAACAGACCAGACAGCAAGAAUUACCAGUAUCAGGCAUGCAUAAAGCAAGGAGACAUCUUGUUGAACAGGAUACAGAAGCUGAGCCGCGUAACCAACAUCUAAGCUUAGCCUGUGAACGCAAAUAAAUGCUUUUGUGACUUCCACA